CGGCCUGACGUGGGCGCGGGGCGGCCCGUGGGCCGGCGCCGCGGUGAUUUGCUGCGCGGCGCGGCGAGCGGCGGCGGCGGCGAUGAGAGCGGGCAGUGCGAACUGCCGGAGCAGCCGCCGGCCGCCUCGGCACACAAAGCUAGUCCCAGAUUUGAGCGACGGCGAGGCACCCUGAUGAGUGAGCCUCGGGAGCGCAAUGGAUUUGACUAAGAUGGGCAUGAUCCAGCUGCAGAACCCCUGCCACCCCACCGGGCUGCUGCACAAAGCCAACCAGAUGCGCCUGGCGGGGACGCUGUGCGACGUGGUCAUCAUGGUGGACAGCCAGGAGUUCCACGCGCACCGGACGGUGCUGGCCUGCACCAGCAAGAUGUUCGAGAUCCUCUUCCACCGCAACAGCCAGCAUUACACCCUGGACUUCCUCUCGCCAAAGACGUUCCAGCAGAUCCUGGAGUACGCGUACACCGCCACCCUGCAGGCCAAGGUCGAAGACUUGGACGACCUGCUCUACGCCGCCGAGAUCCUGGAGAUCGAGUACCUGGAGGAGCAGUGCCUGAAGAUCCUGGAGACCAUCCAGGCCUCCGAGGACAAUGACGCCGAGGUCACCAUGGCCGACGGAGGCGCCGCCGCCGAGGAAGAGGAGGAGAGGAAGUCGAGGUACAUCAAGGGCCUCUUCGUCUCCAAGCCCGCCGGCGAGGAGAGCGGCUAUGCCGGUGCGGCUGGCCAGAGCCUGCCGGCGGCCGCGGCGGACCAGAGCCCCUCCGCCUCCGCUUCUUUUGGCCCCCUCUCCGCCAUGAGCCCCACCAAGGCGGCGGUGGACAGCUUGAUGACCAUCGGGCAGUCGCUGUUGCAGGGUGCCCUGCCGCCUGGCGCCCCCGAGGACUCGCGCCCCGCCGCCGCCCACCGCCCCCCCGGCCUCGCCGAGGUCAAAACCGAAGCGAUGCAGGUGGACGACGCCUCCAGCCGCAACAGCCCCCAGACGGCCGAGCCCAGCGCCUCCGGCGGGGAGAAACCCGACGAGAAGGGCAAGGAAGGGCCCGGCACCCCGACCCGCGGCAGCGUCAUCACCAGCGCCCGCGAACUGCACUACGCCCGCGAGGAGGGCGCCGAGCCGCCGCCCGAGCCCGGCCAGGGGCUGCCGCUGGGGCCGGAGCCGUCCGCCGCCGCCGCUGCCCAGGGCGACAAGCCCCUGGGCAUCUACUCCUUGCUGCCGAACCACAAGACUGAGCCGGUGCUCGGCGUGCCGCCCUCCGUGGCGUCCGCCCUGCACGUGCAGCCGGCCCUGGCCGUCUCUAUGGACUUCAGCGCCUAUGGGGGGCUGCUGCCCCAGGGCUUCAUCCAGCGGGAGCUGUUCAGCAAGCUGGGGGAGCUGGCGGCCGGCAUGAAGACGGAGAGCAGAGCCCUGGGCGAGCAGUGCAGCGUGUGCGGGGCAGAGCUGCCGGACAACGAGACCCUCGAGCAGCACAGGAAGCUGCACAGCGGGAUGAAGACUUACGGAUGCGAGCUGUGCGGGAAGCGGUUCCUGGACAGCUUGCGGCUGCGAAUGCACUUACUGGCUCACUCAGCGGGCGCCAAAGCCCUGGUGUGCGAUCAGUGCGGCGCCCAGUUCUCGAAGGAAGACGCCCUGGAGACGCACAGGCAGACGCACACCGGUACGGACAUGGCCGUUUUCUGCCUGCUGUGCGGCAAGCGGUUCCAGACGCAGAGCGCCUUGCAGCAGCACAUGGAGGUGCACGCCGGGGUGCGCAGCUACAUCUGCAGUGAGUGCAACCGCACCUUCCCCAGCCACACCGCGCUCAAGAGGCACCUCCGCUCCCACACAGGUGACCACCCCUACGAGUGUGAGUUCUGCGGCAGCUGCUUCCGGGACGAGAGCACGCUGAAGGGCCACAAGCGCAUCCACACCGGCGAGAAGCCCUACGAGUGCAACGGCUGCGGCAAGAAGUUCAGCCUCAAGCACCAGCUGGAGACCCACUACCGGGUCCACACGGGCGAGAAGCCCUUCGAGUGCAAGCUGUGCCACCAGCGCUCCCGGGACUACUCGGCCAUGAUCAAACACCUUCGGACCCACAACGGCGCUUCCCCCUACCAGUGCACCAUUUGCCUGGAGUAUUGCCCCAGCCUCUCCGCCAUGCAGAAGCACAUGAAGGGCCACAAGCCGGAGGAGAUCCCCACCGACUGGCGGAUAGAGAAGACCUAUCUUUACCUCUGCUACGUCUGAGGGAGGAGGCGCAGGGGCGGCGGGGCCGAGUGGCGGAGGACUGGGCAAAAAAAAAAACACCGAACCCGCAGCGUCCACGGCCUUGUUUGUUUUUGGUUCUCGUUCGUUGCUUCUCGCCGGAAGGAUCCUGCGGCUUGCGCCGGGGCGGGGGGAUGCGCCGGCCCCUUCCCCAGCUCCAUCCGCGCCCCCCUCCCCGGCUGCUCGUGCGCCCGCUGCCCUUGCACCCUCACUGCGGGGCAGCUUUCGCCCCUCGUGGCCCCCAGGGAAUUCGCUCCCCGACCGGCCCCUCCGUCACCACUGGUGCCGGCCACCGGCGCUGCCGGGAAGACCGUGCGGGAACGACGCGCUGCCCCGAAAGCGUGCGUAUGGCCAGUGCUUUGGGAAGGCUUUCAUUUCCGGUGUCCUCUAUCACUGCGUAGGCCCCGCUGUGGAUGCCCUGCUGAGAGCCCGAGCUCACGCGUGGGGCACGGCUCCAAGCGGGGCUCAGCCCCCAUUUUGGGAGGGUUCCCGCCCUCCCAGGCUGCGGCAUCCCGGGUGGGAGAAUGCCGGCGUCCGGCGAGCUGUAAGCGCUUUGGCGAGGGCAUCCCUGGGGGGGAUCCCGGCCGGAGGAGGGUGUUUGGGGUAGGGAACCGGCUGUGAGCCGGGCUGCCUUGCCGGGCUGCCUGGGGUCCGGGCGGGCGCGAGGGGCGCCUGGCGGCUGCCGCCCUCCCCCUGACCAAAGACCUCUCUAUGCAUUUCCCCUUCCUUCCCCGCCUUCCCAGGGGGCGAGGGUGAAGCCCCCCGCAGUGAGACGCAGCCGGUUUGGUGACGCACGGUCGACGCCAGUGCCAGCGUGGGUGCCGCCGGUGCGCGGCAUUGCUCCGGAUGGGGGGGAUCCUCUUUUUCCUGCUAAUUUGGAGCGCCUGGAAGGUGCCGAGUGUGGUUUUUUUUGCCCAGCCUCAGCUGCAGGAGCCCGCCAGCAAGGGGUGCCCGGUGGCAGGCGGCCUCGCUCGCCGCUUUUUUUUGCUUUUCGUUCGGUUUCUCUGAACUUUCUUUUGGAAUAUUUCCGCGUUUAGCACGUUUUACUUGAAAUUACCUCGUUUUUUUGUGACCUCAUGAGCUUUUAUUGAUUUGGGGGGGACGGGGGGCGGCGUGGCUGGGAAGGCGCGAGCCGCGUGCCCGGCGCUGACGGUGGAGGGGCGGCGCGGCGGCGUCAUCCCUGCCGGCCUCCCGUUGUGCAUUAUCCUUACCAAAACUGGUAUUUUUUGCCCGGCCCCAUGGGGCCGGGGGCGUCGGUUCUGAAGCUACCUCUUGUGUUCGUUUUUGUUGUGUUUCUCCUUUGCGGUUGCAGAAGUGGGCUCUGCGGUUUCCAUCCCGCGCGGUGCUCGCAGCCGCGGCUUUUUUUUGUCAUUUUGCUGCGUUCGGGGGGGGAAAAGGGGGGUAAAAAGAGUCAGGAGGAGUGGGACGGACUCUGGACGCGGUUUGGAGGGAUGCUGAUGGCCUCUCUUGGUUUGGGGUGCCCAUCCCACCUCUCCUGGUGCCGAGCAGGGAUGCUGCUGCGGGAGCAGCACCCUCCCUCACAGCCCGGUCUGGCCUUGUGUGCACGUGUGACCUUUGCUGCUCCGCGCAGGGUGGAUGCCGCUGUUGUACCAUCCGGGAUGUGACUGCGGAGAAUGGCUCGUUUAAUUGUUGUGCCUAAGAAAAAAAAAAAAAAAAGAAAAAAAAAAUAUAAAAAAAAAAAAAAACCUGGUUCUUUCACACGGAAAGUUGCUGCAAUUUCUGGCGCGCGCGCAUGGUAGCUCCCUGCGGUGCACCGGCGAUGCCGGCCCUGGGCGCCACGGAGCACACGGCCGAGCUCGUGUGGCUUUUUUUGCUUUAACCUCUCCUCCCAUCCCACCGUCCCCCUCCCUCCUUCCCUCCCUCCUUCCCUCAGUGCCGCAGCCUCCCGGCUGCGACGGCGUUGGGAUCGGUGUCAGAGCGAUGCCGCCACGCUGCGCCGCGGUGCCCCGGGCGUGCGGCCCCGCAUCUGUUUGCUGUGGCGUGGCGAGCCGUGGCACAGCCCCCGCCGCCCUUCCAUAUAUAUAUAAGUAUAUAUAUGUGUAUCAUAGCAGUGAGGACCAAGCGCCCCGCAGGGCCCCGCGGCCCCGGGCUCCCUCUCCCCUGGCUUGUCGUCGGUGUCGUGAGCGCCCGCCUGCCCGUCCCGUUGCUCUGUGUUGCCGCUCGUGGUUCGGGUCCGUCGCUGUCCUCGUUCCGUCUACCUCAGCACCUCUCUGAGCCCGGGCGCAGAAGGUGCCCAAGUUCCCCUUUGGUUUUCUCAGAGUAUCUAUCGGCUCCUAUUUUUUGUACGACUUUCUCCCUCUCCCCUCACCGUUCGCUCCCUUGCGGUUCUGCUUGCGAGUCCUCUCUGUCCUCUAGCCACAGAUGCCGUUAGCUAAAAGUUUCCUGAAAAAUAAAGAAAAAGAAAAAAAAAAAAAAAAAAAAAAAAACCAGUUGUGGUGUCUCCUAGUUGCAGCUCUCCGCAUCUGCCUUCGUCCUGUGUAGAUUCAGAUGCAUUUCUUUGUAAGACUUCAGUGUUUCUGACAGAGGAAAAAAAAAAAAAAAAAGACAAAAAAAAAAAAGAAGAAUAUACUGCUGCAGGUUUUUUUCUCUCCAUGUGUCACUAAGUGAAGUUCGUGCCUUCUAUAGCAAAGAGAAUAUUUUUUACAUCCUACUAACGGUAGAUUUUUUUGUAGUGAACAUUUUUUGUAUUUUUAUUUAUAAGUCUCAUAAGGAAAAUAGCAAUGUUCAGUUGUAUACCUUGAAUCUGCAGUUAGAAAGCAAAAAAACAACCAAUAAAGUUAAUUCCGUUGUCUCGGC